CUGAGUAUCCUGAAUGGUGGUAGAGAACGCAUCAGUGGACUUAAUGGUCUGAACAUUUCUAGCAUCAGAAGAAAAAACUGUUGGGAAAAAUAAGACAGAAACUUGUGUUUGAAAUACAUACCCAAACAUGAAGAACUCAAUGACAUUUGAAGAACAAACAGAACAAAUUGUGGAAGCAUUGUUUACUAGCCUUUGUGCUAAGAAAGUAGAGUCACAAGUAGCUGAUCGAUGCCUGGAGCUAAAGCCUAAACGUAAAAACACUUUUGAAGUUGAUUCUGAAAACAGUUUUGAUCCAGUUGAUAUUGCCAAGAAACUGCGAUACCUAGGAGAUCAGUAUAAUGCUGAGUUGGAGGGCCCUGCACAGGCAAUUAUUACAGAGGAAAGCAAAGCAAAGCUAAAGAAAUUCAGAGAACUGACAGAAUCUCUCAGCAGGACUUGGAGCAGUCAUACUCCUGGGCUGGAGUAUGAAAGAGCUUUCCUAGCUGUUGCUGUGAAGUUGUUUGAGUACUUUAUAAGGAAAACUGCUGGGUAUCCAGGCCAGAUAAACCUACUUACAGAUACAAUCAACACAAAUGCUGAAGUGAGAGGCUAUAUUGAUAGGCAAGGUGGUUGGAGUAAUCUUGGAAGAGGGCUAAAUAACCCAUAGUUUCUUGCUUCCAGUAUACAGUAAGAAACCCAUCUGCUAGUUUGGAGGAAAUAGAGCUGGAGAGUUGUUUCAAACCAGGAAAUGGAACUGCACAUGAGUUGGAAAAAACUAUAUGCAACCCUGUAAAGAAACAAAAUAAAUAUAAUUGAUUUAAAAAGAAAAUCAUGAUGGCUUGAUGGUCAUUGCAAUUAGAUUGUUGGUCACAGGAAUUUCACAGAUAAUUCCUGCAGCCACAGUUCCAUACAACACACUCCAAUGUACAGUGCCUUGCUUUAGUAGAUAGUCGAUUGCUUGGUCCUAGUUAUUAAUAUAUUCCUGUUUCAGAUACAGGGGAAAUGUCCAGAUCUCAAACUGACUGGGG